CCGUGUGGCUCGGCCCGCCAGGUGUCCAUUGUGGAGAAGGCGGACAGCAGCGGCGUUCUGCCGUGUCCCGUGUCCAUCAGCACCAAAAACAAAAUGAACUUCCUGUUCGCCAACCUGAAAGAUCGAGACUUCCUGGUCCAGCGCAUCUCCGACUUCCUGCAGAGGACGCCGGACGGCCCGCGGGGGGACCCCGCUCCUCCGGCGGCCGCGCAGGCGGCGUCCGGCAUCCCGAGGGAGCGCCGUUACCACUCCGACGUGCCCACGGCCACGCGGGGGCUUCUGCAGCUUUACCGUCAAGAUGCCCCCGAGGACCUGGGACCCAAAGCCAUGAAGGAGAAGAUGAAGGAGGAAGCGUGGAACAUCCACUUCUCGGAGUUUGGCCGCGGAGUCUGCAUGUACAGGACGUCCAGAAGCCGAGAACUGGUGCUCGGCGGCAUUCCCGAGAAGCUUCGAGGAGAACUCUGGUUGCUCUUCUCAGGAGCGCAGAACCAGAUGUCGACGCACGCCGGCUACUACGGCGACCUGGUGGAGCGGGCGGCGGGCCUGAGCUCUUUGGCCACGGAGGAGAUCGAACGGGACCUCCACCGCUCCAUGCCCGAGCACCGAGCCUUCCAGAACGAGACGGGCAUCGCCGCCUUGCGCCGCGUCCUCACCGCCUACGCCCACAGGAACCCGGGCAUCGGCUACUGCCAGGCCAUGAACAUCGUGACGUCGGUGCUGCUGCUCUACUGCACCGAGGAGGAGGCCUUCUGGCUGCUGGUGGCGCUGUGCGAACGCAUGCUGCCGGACUACUACAACACCAGGGUCGUGGGCGCUCUGGUGGACCAGGGGGUGUUUGAAGACCUGACCCAGGCCUUCCUGCCCCUCUUGUACGAGCACAUGCGGGACCUGGGCGUCAUCUCCACCAUCAGCCUGUCGUGGUUCCUCACCCUCUUCCUGUCCGUCAUGCCCUUUGACAGCGCCGUGCUCCUGGUCGACUGCUUCUUCUACGAGGGCAUCAAAGUCAUCUUCCAGGUGGCGCUGGCGGUGCUCCACGAUAACAUGGACGCCUUGUUGGCCUGCGGCGACGAGGGUGAAGCCAUGACGGUCCUGGGAAGGUACCUGGACCACGUGGUGAACAAGCAGAUCGCCACGCCGCCCGUGCCCCACUUGCACGCCCUCCUCACCGGCGGAGACGAGCCGCCGCCCGAGAUCGACAUCUUCGACCUCAUCAGGUCCUCCUACGAGAAGUUCGGCGGCCUUCGCUCCGACGUCAUCGAGCAGAUGAGGUUCAAGCAGAGGUUAAAGGUCAUCCAGUCGCUGGAGGACACAACCAAACGGAGCGUGGUGCGAGCCAUGAUGACCGAGUCGGCCUUCGAUAUUGAGGAGCUGGAGGAGCUCUACUGCCUCUUUAAGGCCCAGCACAUGAGCAGCCGCUACUGGGGCUCCGGCGGCUUGGCGGCGGCGCGCCACGACCCCAGCCUGCCCUACCUGGAGCAGUACCGCAUCGACGCCGCUCAGUUCUCGCAGCUUCUCUGCGCCCUGGCCGCCUGGCGCUGCGCCGGCCACGCCCCCGUCCUGGCCGCCCGACUCUUCAGGACCCUGGACCGCGACGGCGACGGCCUGGUCAACUUCAAGGAGCUGGUCACGGCGCUCAGUGGGAUGUACCACGGCGACAUGACCGACAAGCUCAAGCUGCUCUACAAGCUCCACCUGCCGCCCGCUCUGUGUCCCGAAGAGGCCGAGUCCGCUCUGGAGGCCGCAAACUUCUUCACUGAAGACGCGCCAAAAGGUGAAGAGGCCAACGCGGAGUCUGGCGACGUUAGCGGCGGCGAGGAGAAGAAAGAGGACUACAGGUACUACCUGCGCAUGUGGGCCAAGGAGAAGGAGCCCAAGCAGGAAUCCAUCAAAGAUCUUCCUCGAAUGAACCAGGAGCAGUUCAUCGAGCUGUGUAAGACGCUAUACAACAUGUUCAGCGAGGAGCGCGACGAGCAGCAGCUGUACCACGCCAUCGCCACCGUCGCCAGUCUGCUGCUGCGCAUCGGCGAAGUCGGCAAGAAAUUCAACAACGGCGACAAGACGGGUGCCGGACGGCGGGCCGCCUCACCCCCCACGGCGGAGCUUUCGCCCGACGACCGCCCGGAGGAGGCCGCCGGCGAGGAGGAGACCGGAGACGACGCGUCGGCGUCGUCGCACUCCACGAUGAGCGACGAUGGCGACGAGCGGCCGACGAGGCGGCGGCUGGGCGGCUGCGCCGACGCCGAUUGGUCCGUCACCUUCGAGCAGGUCCUGGCGUCCGUGUUGACGGAGCCGGCGCUGGUGGACUACUUUGAGAGGAAAAGGGACAUCCGGGCCCGGAUGGCAGCGCACCGGACGCGACCGUCGGUGGAGCGUCAGAGCAGCUCCGCCUCCUCGGACCGCGAGCGAGGUGACCCUUGACCCCUGACCUCUGACCUCACACAUUCCCGAGCUUUCACGUCACUGGCAGCUGCGUGGCCGUAACCGCGUUUCCUCUUUCGCAAGAAGGAAAUCCUCAAACGGGGGGAAGGAGGGGGGCGGCUGUACGUUUUGGGGCCUUUUGAACAUUUAAUCCUAAAAAUAAAUCAACAUAUUUACGAUGAAAGCAUACUGCUGCUAUACAAGAAAGGAGGGAGAAAAAUUGUCGCGUGAUUAUAAAUCUAGCAUCGUAACGCGAAUCAUUUCACAUUUUCAUGUGCUGAGUUCAGGAUCCCUUUCCGCGAUAAAUGUCACAUCGGUAUCACAUUAUAGCCUGCUGAAUUUCACAUUUUUACACAAUCAAGUUUGAAUGUGAUGGACAGCACAUUUUAAUUUGGUGAAUGUCAUGUUUUAAGCUGCAACGUUUAACUACAGCGGUGGGAAAAAGCAAACAAAGCCAUUUCUUGUGGUUCAGCUCAGUAGCAAAGUUCUUCUGGUGUCUUCAAAAUCAACGUUACUUGCUACUGCAUGUAACCGGAAAGUCAGUAUUAUAAUAAUAAGGCCAGUUGUUUCAAAAGAUUUUUUUUUUUUUCUUAAAGAAAAUGUGAGUAUAUUUCCUCUUUAAUGAACUUCUGUUUUCUGGUGUGGCAGCAGUAUGGUUCUGUAGUUUUUUGUUUGUUUUUUUUUUGUAAAAAGAAAAAACUUAGCCUAUUUUUGUUUUCUCCCGACUGUAUGAUCAAGAUUUUUCUUGUUUACAAUUUGUGCUUUGGAGAAAAGAAGCAAACUUCUAAAAUGUUGAAAUUGGAUUUGGCACUAUCUCCCAAAAUGCAUUUUGGUUUGCAGAGAAGAAGAAAGUCUUUUAACGUGAAAGAGAUGUGAUCUUGUUUCCUGUUGGAUGGAAAUCCUCAAUUGAUGUUUUAAUCACGAAGCGACUGAAAUUUGACAAAUAAAUGUGGAGCACUGUAUUGCGCACGUGAAUAUGCAUAUGAACAUUGACGAAGCACCAGCUUUUAUUCUUUUGUAAACCUUUGACCUUUUAUUCAUCCAUCCUGUCAUGAUGUCUAAUGAAUAAUCAAUAAAUCCGUAUUCAACA